CAGUAUAAAAGGACAGUCCAUCUUCAUCUCUCGAACAGCUUCACCUGAACUGCUCAGUCUUCAGAAAGUCAAAUCCGACUCCAUCUUAAUCAAAAUGAGCCUCUACAGACACCAAAGCUACUGGGACCCAUGCCGUCGUGGAAGCUUCUCUUCUGGCAGCUACUAUGGAGGUUCCGGCCAACGCAUCUGCUACUACCCGCAGACCUCUUACAGCGGUUAUGGCCGUAGCUACUACCCGCAGACCUACUGGGGUGGUUAUGGCCGUAGCUACAUGCCACCCCUCUACUGUGGUGGUUAUGGGUAUGGCCGAGGUUAUUACCCACAACAAAAUUAUGGAGGUUACGGUUACGGUGGCCUCUACGGUCGUAGGUAUGGAUGGGGGUACGGAUCCAGGCGUGGCAGCAUGUCUUGGGGGUAUGGAUCCAGGCGUGGCAGCAUCUGUUACGAGCCCUAUGGCUACAGUUCUGGCGGCUGCUACCCUCUCAAACGAAGGUACAGCUGCAGCAGCAUUGACGGACCCUGCUAAGAUCUGGAGGGACAUUCCAGUGAGAUGCUAAAAGGAAACAUGGACUCGACGACUCUCCGGAUGAACUCCCCCCCCCCCCG